AACGAUUUUACAAAUGAAUGUAUACAAAAAAUAUUCCCCACAAUGUAAGGCUAAAUUAGAUAUGUACAGAUUAAAUCAAGCAUAUACGAGUAUAGUUUAUAGUUUUGAUUUUGAACGCGAAACAUCGUAUUGUGAUUUACUUGGCAGCUCUUUUACGAGGCGCACCUGAACGUGGCACAAGUUCAGUCGCACAUCAGUAUGACGUCACCCUCGGACCGAACCGUGACCUGCUGCUCCUGCUAAGCUAAAGGGUCCGCGUACAGAUGUUUCGCGGGAAGCUCGUUGAAAUUUCGCGUUCUGUGCGCCGUUGUGCUGCGGGAGUCCACAUUGAGGUGUUGCUGGAACGCACUACAUGCGGCGGCAUCGAGUUCCCCGCACGGCAGUCGCUCCGGAGAAACGCACGUUUGUGCGUUAAGUUUGCUGCAGCUAGCUGCCAGGCUAAGAGGCUAACCUGCUCCACAAAAGUGAAACAAGAGGAGCUUCGAGGGUUCAACUUUUGAGAGUUUGACUUUAAAUUGAAUAAAGGUAUCUACAUUGUGGUCAUUUGUGGACAUGGUCGCUGCCCGGUACAGAGCGUGAUCUUCCUCACCAUGGAUAACUGAACUCUUGGGGCUUUAGCGGCUCUGUCUGGUCGCUUGUGGCCAUUUUUUGGUUUGUCCCACACAAGCGGGGGAAGCGGCAAAUGGGGAACAGCUGUUGCCGUGCUGACAGUCCCUGUGCCACGGCAGAGGAAAAAAGUGGUUUGCUGAGCGAUGAGUCAAAGGCCAUGAGCAACAGCGUCAAGAAAACCGGUGCUUGUGGUCCAGAAGGAAGUGAUGAAAGAAGCCAAUCUCCAGAAGAAGAGGCCAGCAAAGUGCCUGUGCAGCAGUGUCCUGACAAUGAAGACACGGAGCCCAACAACACUCAGGAAAACGGACCCUUUCAGAACAAAGGCCUUCAGGAAGCGGCGCCUUCUCCCAGCAAAAUGCCCGAAAACUCCACCCCAGCACAAGACGAGGAAACCAAGGUCAUCCCUGCUGAAGGAGACCGAGCUGAAAAUCUACAGUGCACUUUAAACUCGCAGCAGAAAGACCCCCCCACAACGGAUGCUGCGGGUAUUGUAGCCUUAAACGCAGAACCAAAAAAAGAGGAGCUGACGUUGGUGCAGGAUGAAACCCCAAACGCCGUCGUGAUCCCUUCACUUCCUGAGAAAGCCACGCCAGAGCCCACCGCAGCGAACGCCACUGUUGAUGAAGUCUCCAAAGAGGUUAUCGCUUCCGCAGCCAAGCCGUCGGAGGAGUCUGCUCAAAGUGAUGAAGGAUCGUCCGUGCCAAGCUGUCAGCCCACCGCAGCCGCUGGUGGGGCGGCGUCCAUCUCUGCAGCCACAGAGGAGACAGCGCCAGACACUCUGAGCUGCACUCCUUCAGAAGAUUUGAACACCGGCUGCGCUUCAGUGCGCGGGGAGGACGACGCUUCUGAGGAUGUGAAAAGCCAUAACGUCUCUCAGAUCUGUUUUGGUUCGGGCGAUGAGGAGGAGGAGGAGGACAAGGAGAAACAGGAGGAGGACCUUCACUCGGUGAAGGAGCUGGAGGCCACAUCUCCCACAGAUUCCAAGGACAGCUCAAAGUCUGGUCAGGAUACACAGCCACAUCCAGAGUGUUCCAGCUCUGCGUGCUCGGACCAAGAGGUUUCCUCAGAGAAGAGCAAACAGGAUGCCGAGGAGGAAGAGCCCCUCGAGGCGCCGGAUGAAGGCGUUCUCGAAGCGGAGAAGGAUGAAGAAAUCCAAGAGGAAGACGAGGAGACGGAGCAUGGUCAGGCUGAGCCUCAGGAGGAGGUGACCGCCGACGAAGAGCAGCUGGAGGGAAGCUCCCACAGCAAGGCUGAAGCUGGACCUGCUGCAGAGAAAGAGGCUGACCUGGGAAGCAGUGAGGAAGACCUUUACAGAGGAGCCGAAGAGCUGUCUUCCUCCGUGGGAUCAUCGGAUUUAGAAAUUUUUAAGUUGGAGGAGCGGUGCAGCCUGUCUCCGGCUGUGGACGUCUUGUUCUACAGCGAGAGGGAAUGGAAGGGGAACACCGCCAAAAGUGCGCUCAUUAAAAAGGGAUACAAAGAGAUGUCCCAGAAGUUCAGCAGCUUGAGGAGAGUGAGGGGCGACAACUACUGCGCCCUCAGAGCCACGCUGUUCCAGGUGUUGUCCCAAAGCACCCACCUGCCCGCCUGGCUGCAAGAGGACGACGCCACCAUGCUUCCAGAGAAACUGGAGUCCCUGGAAGGCCUGAUAAACCAGUGGAGGUUUCCUGGAGACGUCACAGGAGACGCCAGCCAGCAGCUGAGAGGAUAUCUAGAGCUUCUGAGAAAAACGUGGCGGGCGGCGGUGGACUGCGCCUCGGCAGCAGAGCGGCAGCAGCUCUGCGAGCGAGUCUUCCAAUGCGGAGAGGAGGAGCUCGGGCUGCUGGAGGCGCUCAAGCUGCUGAUGCUGGGCAGAGCGGUGGAGCUGCACGGCCGCAUGCAGCGGGGGGAUGAAGACGUUCCUCUCUUCUGCUGGCUGCUGUUUGCCCGGGACUCGUCCGACUGUCCUCGGUCCUUCCUCUCUAACCACCUCAGGCACGUGGGCCUCACCGCCGGGCUGGAGCAGGUGGAGAUGUUCCUGCUGGGCUACGCCCUGCAGUGCACCAUUCAGGUAUUCAGACUUUACAAGGCAGACACAGAGGAGUUUGUCACUUACUACCCAGACGACCAUAAGGACGACUGGCAGACCGUGUGCCUUGUCACCGAGGACGACCGGCACUACAACGUGCCGGUUGUGAAAGCUGCAGAGCCACAGGAGGAGCUGGCCUCCCGCUGAUCCUCGUUGCAGGGAAACGCGCAUCCCUCAGGUCCAUUGUGAUGAUGCAUUUAUGCCAAUUAAAGGAUCACUUUUGGGAAAUUUGCUUCUUGGCCUGCAAUGAAAACCGAGCUGGAAAUAAACGGAGAAACUAAACUUCAGCCACGAGCACCAAUCAAAGCACAUUUUUUCGUGUUUUCCUUUUCUUUAAAACAAAAUCUAAUAUGUAGCUGAAAAUUUAAAGAUUAACAUGAUUAUUUUGCGCCUACACAAGUCAAUAGAGUGGUGAUUAUUAAUGUGAAUCUUGACAUUCAUUUCUAAUAAACUGCAGCUUUGAACC